AUGCUAUAUAUAUUCAAAGAAAGUGGUAUAUUGUCUAUAUCAUAUUAUCCAGGACAGGCACAUAGAACUUAUAUGUCAGAGAAUGCUUUGUUGCCAGGUGUAGCAAAGAUAGAGUUUGAACAGGCUGACAUUUCCGAUUCGAUUCGUUAUUCCCAAGAGUAUCAGGCAAAGCUAGAUACAUGUGGUCUGGACAGAGACGCAAAUUGUAGACGAUUGCUUUCACACUGGAUAGAAUCCACUCUUAGAGAUAUAGGUUUAGAAACAUAUCAACAUACAUUCAUCAAACCAUCAUCAUCAUCAUCAUCAUCACUGUCAUCAAACGAAACAACAACAACAACAUCAUCAACAUCAUCUUCAUCAUCAACUUCAAAGACAGGAUAUAAUCUUUAUAGUGUAAUACGUGCACCUAAAUCAGAUGGUACUGAAUCACUUGUAAUAUCAACAAAGUAUUCGGUGGAUGCUGCUAAAUUGAAUAGAGAUGAAGUUAAUGGUGUUGGAUUGCUAUUGUCUAUUGUUGGAAACUUGCAGAGAAAAGCUAGAGUUUGGCUGGCAAAGGAUAUUGUUGUGGUGAUUACCGAUGGUCAUUUCGGUGGUGGCUAUGGAAUGAAGCAAUGGCUGUCAGACUACCAUUCGAAUAUCCAUUCAAAGUCAACACAGUUUAGACGUGCCGGCAUGAUCCAAGCGGCACUCAAUAUCGAUGUCCAACCAAACUAUCCGACCAACCGAUUCAACAUACUCGCCGAGGGUUCAAACGGACAACUUCCCAACUUGGAUCUAAUCAACACAAUCGGUCGUAUGGCAUCAAAAGAGAAUGCAAAAGAUAGAUUACAUUUAUCUGUUGAUAAUAGUAAUAAAAAUAACAAUAACAAUAACAAUAAUAAUAAUAAUAAUAAUAAUAAUAAUAAUGAUAAAUCAAUUACAAGUCAAAUUGCAAAGAUUGUACAAUCAAAGAUACAAGAAUGGUAUAAUAGAUAUAUUCCAUCCGAUAUGAAGACUUUGACUACUUUUAUGGGUAAUCAAGCAUUGGGAGUGCCAACGGGUGACCACGGACUGUUCAAUGCCUACCAUAUCGAUGCCGUCACCAUUGCAUUGCCAUCACACCAGAAACAGCAUACCAUUUACCAAAACUCUGUCAUUAUUAUUGGUACUCUACGUAGCUUGAAUAAUCUGUUGGAGCAUCUACACCAGUCGUUCUAUUACUACCUACUGCCAUCACCAUUCACCUAUAUCUCCAUCGGUGAGUAUAUGAUAACUCUAGGUUGCAUACUGGCGCCACUAGUUGUCUUGGUACUGGUUCUCCUCGUUAGUCUAUCGGGUGCAUUCAAACCACCUUCACUUCGUAUAGUCAAACCAACAACAGCAACAACAACAACAACAACAACAACAGCUACAGACUCAAAAAACAACACUGACAAAUCAACAACUGCAACAACAACAACAACUACAGAAGGUGAUAAAAAUAGUAAUUUAGAUGUUGAUUCACCAUCCGAUAUAUUAUAUUCAACAAUCAUUGUUAGUCUAACACUGGUAGUUGGACUGGCAUUCUACACAAUCCCUCUCACAUUUUCACAUACGAUUCUAUCGAUACUCGAACAACUCUCCCUACAGGACAACGAGUUGACAGAUUCCGCUUUGUUUAUAGGUUUCACUUUAUUAUAUUUUAUUUUAUUCUUUAUUGUUUAUCCAAGAUUCGAUAAUUAUUUCAAUAGCAAUAGUAACAACAACAAUAAUAUCGUUGUUCACCAUCAUUCUCUCACCGCCACUGGUAGUCUUCUUGAUUGCCAAGCUCUAUUUGAACCAGAAUGUAUACUCAUUCAUUGCCACACUGAUACGACAACAUCAGAUGUACUCGACAUUAUUAUUCCCAUUCCUAACACUUGUUUACAUUCCACUCAAUAUUUUAACACUUAA